GGUCCAGCUCAGUUGCAUUGCAAGAGUGCCUGCUUUCUUCACCAAAAACCUCUCAGUCUCCUGAUUUAGGGCUUUAGGCUUCAAGAUUUCAUCUCAACGAGGGGCUCUACUAUUGCUCUCCCCGAGUAGGAUCGUUCGAAAUCUAGCGCGAAAAUGCAAAGUUUUCGCAGAAUUAAUCAGUUGGUACGAAGGCAAAGUCCCGAUGCUCAUUUCAAAUCGAUUAGAGGUUACCCACUUAAUGGGGAUGCUGGCUGUAGCUGCUCGGCGCCAAUGUCGAUGGAAAACGGUUUUACUAUUGCUCGGCCUUUUGGAAAUCCAUAUGGGUCUUUGAAUGGUUCCUUCUUGAGGUCUUUCUCAAAGUUGAGCAAUCAAUAUCCGGAAGCCUUCAUAAAUAUGGGUUCUCAAGUGGAAUUUGUGUCUUCGAGAAAGCAUGUAUCUUCAACUUGUUCAGUAUUCCAGAGGCCUAGGCCACUUUUAUUUCAGUUGGCAGAAGUUGCCCCUCCUUUUUCUAGCAGGGGCAUUGCGACUAGUUCCGUGGAAUCAGUUUCACAAGAAUCUCCUGAAAUUACCCCUGAUAUAACUCCUCGCAUCAAAUUUAAGAGGCUGGAUAAAACCUCAAAACACAUAAUGCAGAUUUUAGAUAAGGAAGCUAUUGAGGAGGUAAAAGCACAGAGAGAAAUUCCAGAUAUUAAGCCAGGCUAUAUUGUGCAGCUCAAAGUGGAAGUACCUGAGAACAAGCGCCGUGUCUCGACAUUGAAAGGCAUUGUAAUAGCCAGACGCAAUGCUGGUCUAAACACAACUUUUAGACUAAGGAGGCUAGUUGCUGGUGUUGGGAUUGAGUCGCUCUUUCCUCUAUACUCACCAAACAUAAAAGAGAUUAAGGUGUUGGACAAGAAGAAAGUGCGGAGGGCCAAGCUUUAUUAUCUUAGGGACAAAAUGAACGCACUUAAGAAGCAAUAACAAGCUUUCUAUCCAGUGGGAUCAGAGGUGUGUACCUAACAUGGUGCGUUGUAAUCAUUCUUAGCAAGAAACCUCAUGAGUUUUCAUGAUUAUCUUAUCCUGUUUCAUGCAUGGAGGACCGACCUGAGAAUUAAUUUGGUGGAGCACUCAGCUUUGGCUGAAAUAAAGAGAAUGAAGUCUAACAUUGAUGGCCAUAUUCUUUCUUUCUUUUCUAUGAUCUCAAGCAAACCAAACCAUGUUAUUUCAAUUAUCAAUUCGACAAGAUUGUGCAUGAUUCUGAUUUCUUGCUUAUGAAAUGGAUAAAGCUCAGUCUGUAAACUGCAUUAUUGGUAUGCAAUCUGGUUGGAUGAGUUAUUGAUAGUA